GACUACUCGAGUGCUGCUAGGACACCAGUCACCCGGUGUGAUAUGUUCAGGUGGUCGAUUGGAUACAAGCCAAAAACUGCCCAACCGUAAAGAGUGCAUUUAAAUUUUGAAAACAAUCUAAAUAGCAACCUGCACAAAAGUUCUCCUGUGACCAUGGCUAACAUCCGACCGCUGGCACCCGAACUGGCCCUUGUGGCCAGAGAGCAGCUCAAUGAGGUGGACAAUGAUGUGGUUUGCAAAAUUGAGGCGAUGCGCACCUGGUUAAACGAGGAGGAGUACAUUCAGGCGCGGACCGACGAUCAAUUCUUGGCGGCCUUUUUGCGAUUUUGUCACUGGGAUCUCGAGGAGGCCAAAAAGCGGAUACUCUUCUACUAUACAUACAAGACCAAAGAGCGUGAGCUGCUCAAGAGUCGUUUUGUGGACGACAAGCUUUUCGAGCUGGCCCGAUCUGGAAUAUUCACCUCAUUGCCCAAUCCUAUUGGCCCUGGCGGCCCUCGCAUCCACUUCACUCGCAUGGGCCACAUAGAGCCCUCCAAGCACAGUGUCAGCGACAUAUUCCGAUUCCAUGCCUUCCGCGCCGAAAUCGAGAUAAACACGGACGACAACUGGAACAUAGCCGGUGUGGUGGAGAUCAUCGAUUUCACCAAGAUUCCCUAUUCCCUGCUGUUGCAGUUCGAUGCUGGGAUGUUUAAGAGAAUGAACGCCUUCCUGGAGCACGGCAUUCCCGCGAAUUUAGUGGCCACACAUAUUGUGCAUGCCUCCAGGGAAACGCAGUUUGUUUUGGGACUGGUCAAGGGUGUGAUGAAACAGAAGGAAUUGCUACACAUCCAUCCAAACUUAGAGUCACUGCAAAAGGCUAUUGGCAAGGAGUACCUGCCCGCGGAGAUGGGCGGCGAGAAUGGUUCCCUGGCGAAUGGACCGUCUUGGUACGAGGAGCAGUUGAACAGCUUCUCGGCAUACUUCAGAGAGGAUGAGAAAUAUGUGGUCGAUGAGAAGCUGCGGGCAGCUAGCGUAAAGGAGCAGGAGAAGCUACCACCACUGGUAGGAGGAGCGGGCAACGAGGGUUCUUUUCGCAGGCUGAACUUUGAUUGAGACGUGAAAUUGCGGCCCGGGGAUUUAGAUGUAUAUUCCGAUGCAUACACCUUAUAUACACACACAAAAAAAAAACACAAAACGGUCCGGUACAUAUACAUAAACUAAAUGUAUAGAAACUAAAUCGCUAUAGGGAUCUUUGGUCAUAGCAGAACCUGAUAUUUUAUAAAACGGAACCAUAAAAAAAAGCAACAUCGAAACUAAAAGCAACUUGAACAAUAUUAUAAAAAGUGCACACUAAAUAUGAAAAAAAAAAACCAAGAAAAUGAAAUGCCAUCAAAUGGCUACAAAAACCUCA